AUGCCAUCCAGCCUCCCAUCGGCUCUCACCACACCGCUCUUUCCCUUCUCUUCGGUCACGCAAUUCCUCAUACCCACACAACAGUUCUGCGACCGCUUACUCACCUUCUGCAUCAAUCACCAUCGUGUCAUCGGAUACCCUGUUUGCAUAAGAGAGGGAAAGUACAGCAGAAAUGAGUUCAUCUUCAAUUUCGCCAUCGUAAUUGGCGAAAAUGAGCGUGAUUGGGCCUGCUAUGGUGAAGUGGUUAGGAAGUUGGGGCGCCUGUUGAGAGGACUGGAAGAGCAGGGCGGCUUCUUGUCUAGAGAGGAAGAGGGCAUCUGGGAAGAUGAAGAAGGGAAUGUUGGAUGGGGAACGGAUGAUGGCGUUGGUGGUUUCGGAAUCGGCGGCGGAAGCAAGGUGUAUGCGCUGUGUGAGAUGGUGCUCGAGGAUCUGAACAACUACGCUGAGUGCAUGAUACCAAUUGAUGACUCGAAUACCAUCAACCUGAAAUUGUUUCCUACACGGCCGCCUCCUCCACCCAUUCUCGCGCAUCAAGUGCCCUUGCUCACCAUAUCUAUUUCAAGUCUUCAACAGCCCGUGUCUUCGGACCUUACUCUCAACCGAAUCCUACCAUAUAUCAACGGUAUCAACUCGAUAUCCCACAUUGCACAACUGGCUGAUACCGAUCUUUCUUUGACUAGGCGAGCCAUUCAACAUCUGGUCUACUACGGAUGCUUGAUACUUUUGGAUAUCUUCAGCUUUAGCGCCAUAUAUGCGCCAACAGCCGAGAUUGGCGGUUUUAUCAUAGACGCAGAGGUCAAAGAAGAAUGUAUGCGCUACGUCAGCGUGCCGAGAAUGAGGCUGGGCUCUAACGCCAAGACGGCGCGGAUGGACAGUGAGGUUUCUGAAAGAAGUCGAGACGAGCGCAGCUCGACGUCGUCUUUGUCAUCGCAACAACGCGGGACUGUGGGGUCUACACUCAAGAUAUCAGAGUUUGAUAGUCACAUUGCGGCGCAAAAGAAUGAAGAAGAAGCAGAGAACAUAUGGCAAACGAGUCAUGAGACGUUGAUAACGCUAUAUACAUCACUACGGCAGGGUCUGACUCUGAAAAACUGGGUACUGGAGAAUCUGGACUUGCUCCAUGGUGUUGAUGUACGCCGCUUCAUUACUUUCGGCAUCAUCAAAGGUUUCCUCUACCGUGUACACAAGUACGCGAUAGCAACCUCGACAACCUUACCUCCCGCACCACCAACAAGCCUGCAAACAAGCGCCGCAACCUCACUCGCAAACCCUCGAGACUCAGACACCACCACGAUCCGUGGUCAUGAGCGCAUGCAUCACUCUUCUCAACCAAGUAUCCAAACCCAUGGUCACCACACUUCCCAGCCCAACAUCCACACACAUCACCCGUCUUUCUCGAUACACAGACCGAGCAUCGCUUCGAUGUCUUUGAACCCCCAUCAGCAACAGAAUUCCCACCAUCUUAGUGUCCACAAGGAAGAACAUCCGGUCUUUGAGGGCUUGGUGAGCGACCGUGACAAGAGUGGGUUGCCUUUGUUGAGGUUUCUGGAUGGUAUGCAUUGUUUCGAUGAGAUAUGUACGGACUUGGGAUUGCCUGAACGGGUUGUCGAGGGCAAGGUAAGAAGUAUGGGUGAGGGUGCUGGGGUAGUCGUGCACCGAUGA